CAAGGAACCGGGCGGUGAGCUCCAGGUCCUGCAGCCGCAGACGGACCCUGCUGCCCGUCUGCAGCUUCUCUCCGUCGGCCGGUCGUCGACACACGCAGUGGAACUUCCCUCCGAAGUCGACGUACAGGUCGUCGUGGACCACGUGGACGAUCCUCCCGACCACCACCUUGUCUCUGGCCGGUCCCAUCUGGACCAGCGGAGACCUCCGGAGCAGCGAGGAGAAGCUCUGCUCCUGUCCGGAGGAGGAGACUAUGCCGCCAGCCACAGAGCUCUCCGCCUCCCGUCGGAGCUCCGACUGCAGGUCGAAGGCUGCGGAGAACCCGGAUGUGGGUCUUCUGUCCGAGUAGUCUGAGCUGAAGGAGGGGCUGGAGAACCUGCAGGAGGUGAACCGGUGUCCACACCCGAAGCUGGAAACAACCUUCCUCAGGGCCGCCAUGUUGUUACAACACCAGGGGAACCAGAACACCGUGACUUCCGGUGUAGAAGGCCGCUCACAACGCCACCCGGUGGGUCCCGGUAGCGUCGCGAUGACGUCUCUUCUCUUUCCGGAGUGUUGAGCCCACAGAAGAAGAAGAAGAAGAAGCAGCAGCGCAUGCGCCCUCAGCAGAAAACUAACAACAUGGAGGUGAUCGUGAGCUCUCCCUUUCUCCGCUUCUCUAACUCGCUGUUUCCGGACGGGUCUCUGGUCCGAGACGUUCUGGACCGGUUCGUCCAGCAGCACGGACUUUCUUCUUCUACGGAUUUCUACGUGGUCAGAAAUGGUCGCGUGUCUCACCUGGAGGACGCUCUGCAGAGCGGGGCCGUCUAUCACCUGGAACCCCGCCUCCGUGGAGGGAAAGGAGGGUUUGGCUCCAUGCUGAGAGCUUUGGGAGCUCAGAUCGAAAAGACUACAAACAGGGAGGCCUGUAGAGACCUGAGUGGGAGGAGACUACGAGAUGUGAACCACGAGAAGGAGAUGGCUGAGUGGCUGCAGCAGCAGACAGAGAGGGAGGCGCAGAAGGAGCAGCGUCGUGUGGAGCGCCUCCAGAGGAAGCUGUCUGAACCUAAACACCAGUUCAGUGACCCGGAGUACCAGAGACAGUGUCACGACCUGUCAGAGAGGCUGGAGGACUCUGUGAUGAAGGGUCUGCAGGUGAAGGACGGCUCUGCACCAAAGAGAACAAACUGUGACCACAGAGAGCAGCCGCAAAAGAAGAAACAGAAGAAGAACAACGCAGCAGCAGCCAGGUUCUGGACCGGAGAGAUGCUGAGCUCAGAAGAUGAGUCUUCAUCCUCCUCCAGCUGUGGAGCUGCUCCUGUUACCAUGACGAUGCAUACAGAGGAGGCGGAGCCUGAGCAAAGCAGCAGCUCCUCAGACGCCUCCUCAGCUCCUCAGACCAGCAGACCUGCAGGAGGUCGGGGUUCUCCAGAGACCGUCGGAGACCAGACUGCUACACCCUCAGAGGACCAGGGUCCUCCAGAGACCCCCAGAGACCAGAGCGUCAGACCCUCAGAGGACCCGGGUCCUCCAGAGACAGCCAGAGACCAGACCGCUACACCAGAGACCCCUAGAAUUCCGGGUCGGUCUCUGGUGGGUCGGUCUCUGGUGGAUCUGGAGUCUCUGGGUCUGGAGGUCCUGAAGGAGGAACUGAUGUCUCGGGGGUUGAAGUGUGGGGGGACGCUGAAGGAGCGCGCUCAAAGACUCUUCUCCAUCAGAGACCUGAGACCAGAUCAGAUCAACCCGGCGCUGCUCGCUAGACCGGCCAAGACCAAGAGGAAGUGAAGAGGGCCGGCUCUUAAAGGAACAGUCGCCUCUUUAAUAGCUUCAUAUUCGCUCCACUCUGAUUAAAUGUUGAUCUGUAACUUUAUUUGAGGCUUUUUAACAGGAAGGACGAACACUGAUUGAGGAUUCGUCCUCUUUGAAUCGUGUAACCGUCUGAUUUAAAUUUGUAUUAAAAAUGUUUCUGAAACAAAAAA